AUGCAGUUCAAAAACAUUGCUCUCGCCACCUGCAUGGCUCUCUCUGCCUCGGUUGCUGCCUCUGAAAACGCUACAGACAUCGCUCCCUCUAUUCAGACGCGCCUCGUCCAGCUUGACCUUGGCUAUCAGAAGACCGGUCUUUUCUUGAACGCUCUGGUUAACAAUGCUGGAAACCUUACAUCCAGCGGAGUCGUUAACUCCUACCUGAGCAUUGUCUCCGAAGAAUCGAAUGACCUUGCCAACAAGACCCAGCCCGCUGCUGCCACCAUCCCUGACACUACCCAGUUGAUUCUCUGUCAGAGCUACCACAGCAUGGCUCUGAGCGGUAUCGAUCUCAACGCUGGCUUUGUUAACCACGCCGACCUUUUCAACAAGACUGAGCGUGCCCAGGUCCGUCACGGUCUCAUGGUCGUUAACGACGAGACUAACAAAUUCUUCUCCGAUGUUGGCCAGAAGUCCCUGACAUACUGCGAGGAUUCUCUCUCCUUGGAUAACCAGGCUAUCCGCGUCUCCAUUCGUGACGCUGCUAUGGCCCUUGAUCCCUCCAAGGCUUCCCUUUAA